GUGUGGGUUGACUUUUUAUCGAGUGUAGACGUAAAAUGAGUUUAUUCACAUACGUUUUGUUUGUUUGUGUGUUUGUUUUGUGCAAAAGUGAGGCCAGCAGUUAUGAUGACUUCUCCCUCAUCGACUCGAUCUUCCAAGAGCCGGAAUGUUCGACUCACGGUGGCAUGUGUGUCGUGGCCAGCGAUUGUAGUGGGGAGCUAACUAAGGAGAAGGGGCUUUGUCCGAAGCAGUCUGGUAAAGGAGUCGAGUGCUGUCAAGGAAUAUCGCGCAAAGAAACAAGAUGUCGGAAAGUCGGCGGAGUAUGCAUGCCGCUGGAUACCUUCUGCAGCGAAAGAAUCCUGUUCUCGGCCGCUACGGACUGUCACAAACAAAAGUGCUGUAUUUUGGUUAAAUAA